GAACAUAUGACAUAUGAACUAUUUUAUUUUGUUUUACAUGUAUUUUGAUAAUAUCGCUUUUGUAUUUAACAACAACUAGGGUACCAUUUUAUUGAUAACGAAUAACAAUAAUUACAAAUGGCUCCAUUGGGAAAAACUUUCGUUUAGUGUUACAAGUGAUAACAUUAUUUCUGAAACAACCAAUUUUAUAAUAAUUAGUUGAAAAAGUAGUGAAUCGAAAUGACUAUAAAUGAAGGCUGUAAUUUGUUGUUCUGCCUAUUAUUAUGUUUAAACUGAUGUCUGUUGUCCCAACAACACAUUUACAACAUAAGAACUAUUUAGAAGGUGAAAAACUAUUGAAACAACUUUUAGAAUGUGUUAAACAGUGCCAGAAGCGAUUCGGAGGUAAAUCAGAACUCGCCACUGAUUUCGAUAGUUGCGUAGCAGGACUUUGUUUCGCAUUAGAGACAGUUUUAUUAUUUGGGUUAAAACCCAGAAGUUCUAACGCCCAAAGUUCGGCUAUAAAACAAGUGUCCGAAAUUCUUAUCAAUACGUUGAACACUGGAAAUGAGAAUUAUUCUUUCUGGUCGUUUAUUUAUUGUCAUUUGACAAAGCAUGAAAGAGAAAGGUACUCAGUAUUGAAGCAAAUUUGGACUGAUACAGGUAGAGGGAGGGCUUGGUUAAGGUCCUCCUUGAAUGAACACUCUUUGGAUAGAUAUUUCCACACAAUAUUAAGUAAUCAAGAAAUUUUAGCAGAACAUUAUGAACCGUGGUCAAUACUUCGCGAUGAGGAAAAAAAUAGCAUGUUGCCAAAUAUGGCAGCAGGUUUAAACUGCAUUCUGUUUGCCAUUAGCAUUGAUAAACCCGAACUAAAUAGUGGAGUAAGUCUUCAUCGAAAUAAUUGCACCUUUAAACCAGAACCUGUUAUAGAAGCCCCCUUACGAGUAAUAAAUAAAGAGCCUACCAAAGUAAAACGUAAUAGAAAAGUCGCACGACAAUUUAUAUCCUUUGAUGACGAUGCCAGUGAUAACUCAAUAAGCGUACCAACCAGUAUAAGUAGUACUGACUCGCAUACUAAAUCGGACAAGGCCAACACUGGACCGAGUCAUAGUAAAUCGGUUUGUACUGCAGAAGGGAACAUUCUAACAAGCGAAAUGGACAGCAGCAACAAGAACAGUGAUUCCAGUAAAUUGUACUUGGACAUCAACGAAUCUAGAGAAAAUAAUAUUGCUGUAGUAUCUGAUUGUUUAACUCCGAUAUUACAAGAAGAAAUAGGCGAAUUGACUCCCGUGUCUGUAAAAAUAUCGGAAAAUUUCGAUGAUUCCGAUGAAAUUUUAGAGACACCAACCGAUGUGAGUGCAAUUCUCAGUACCAUCGAGAACAAAAACAAAGAAGAAUUGGAUAAAAAACAAGAGAAAAUCAAUUACUUAUUGAAAGAAAACGAAACGCUGAAGGAGCAACUCGAAAGGUACAUCGGGGCCAUUCAAAUGCUCAAGCAAGAUCAAGAAGUAGACGGUGUCCUCGAAGGCCUGGAUAUCGAGCAUUCUCCUAAUUAUAAAAUGGAAGCUACGAUGUUCGAAAAGAAACUUGUUCAGGUGGCUGAAAUGCACGCUGAACUGAUGGAUUUCAACGUGAUGCUUCAAGAAAACUUGUGCAAGAAAGAAUUGCAGUUGGAGAAAGUUCAAAAGGAAUUGGAAACGUUGAGGACGAUGAAUCCCGCUUUAGAUUUAAAUAGCGACGGGAUCACAGGCAGCGUUCAAAUUUGGAUACCUUCUGCUUUUUUGAAAGGGAGUGGUUCAAAUGCAUAUCACGUCUACCAAAUAUUCCUUAGAGCGGGUAAAGACGAAUGGAACGUUUAUAGACGAUACGCCCAAUUCUAUUCGUUUCAUACGGAACUGAAGAAGCUCGAUCCAGUCGUUGGAACCUUCGAUUUUCCCCCCAAAAAAAGUUUAAGGAAUAAAGACGCGUAUGUAGUCGAGGAUCGAAGGAAGCGUCUUCAGGUUUAUUUGAGAAAGAUUAUAUCUCACUGGCCCGAAUUGGCAUCCUGCAAUAAUCGUGUAUUAUUAGAACAGCAAUUGCCGUUUUUCAAAGACCAACGGGAAGAUAUAUUCAAUAAAAACGCUAAUAAUUCCAUAGUUAAUUCGAAUGCUCCUUCAGGUGUUCAUUCAGGACUUUAACUUUUAGUUAAAUUCGCUCAAAUAUAACGUUUUGAUUAUGUUAUGUAUAGCCAAUUUAAAAUACCAAAACUGCCUGCUCGGUUAAAAUCCUGUUAUGAUUGGAGUGACAGGUUUGUUUCAACGAAGGUAUUAAAUUGUUUUAUAUAAGGAUAAAAGUUGAGAUUUGUUGAUACCUUACAAACCUGAGAUAAUUGAAUACAUAAUUAUUUCUUGGUAUUCUCCAUGUUUGUUUGGAAAAUUGUAACAACAAGAGAUUAAUUAUAAGUACAAAAUAUUGAAUUUAAUCAAUCCUGUGGUUGAUAAUGUAUCGGGUCUUUUUUUUUUAAGUGCCGGUGUUUUUUUCUUAAGAUAGUGGAAUUUUCCACGAAAUUUGUACUAUCUAGGAUUGUACUAUACUAAGGUGAAAACACCUGAGCUAAGUAAGCUAAAAUAUUUGUAUUUAUAGCUAAAAUUUUUACAUUUGUAUGUAAAUGUACACGUGUUUUAUGUGUACACUAUUAUACAUUUUUACAUAUUAUAUUUAGUUUUUGUACAACGAAAAACAUAUAUGCCCAGUCGCUAAAACGGUAAUUAAGAAUAAUGAGCUAUUAAUCUUUAAUCAUCCAAUAUUUUGUUGUAGUUGAUGAUUGAUUAAUAGUUUAUCAUUUAUAUUAUUAGCUUUUCAGAUACCGAACAGAACCCUGUAAUAGAUUAAUAAUUUAGAUUUACUUUAUAAUGCUGUUAAAAACUGUGAUUGAAAAGUUGCUUAUAGGAAUUAAUUAUUUUAUAAUACUCGUAUUUCCUGCUGGUGCAUUGGACUAUUGAUUUUUAAAUAUUAAUAUCGUAAUGUUAUCGAGAAAAAUAUUUUUUUUGUAUUUUUUAAGCAUGCAAUAUCAGUGUUACCCAUAAUUUUAUUAGUUUAAUUAUAACAUACAGGGUGUUUCUGAAAUAAGUGUCAAACUUUGGGAACAAGUAGAGAACCUCAACAUAUGACAAAAACUUAAAUGUCAUUUUAUCGAAAUGUCCUCGGUUAUCGGUAUACAAGGUGUCAAAAAUGGAUUCUUCAAGAGGGAUUUUUAUUAAAAAUUUCAUUAAUAGCAAAGGUAAAAUGAUAAAAUUUGGUACACAUACUAAGCAAAUGAAAAAUGAAGUUUUCUACAUAAAAAGGUAUACUGUUGAUUUUUCGCAAAGUGAACCAUUUUCAGAAACACCCUGUAUAUAAAUAUAUAAUGUAUUAAUAUAUCAAAAGUGGUUACAUAAUUGCAAAAUCGAAUUUUAUAUAUUAUUUUCAAAAAACGUGAAUUUUACUUGGUUUACAUUGCCUUUUGUAUGACUACUUAAGUUGUUCAACACCAAUAAACUAGAGAUUAUAUUUUUUAUAAUAAAUAAAUUGAGAUUGUC